AUGGAAGAUCCUAAGAGAGUGGAAGAAGGGUUUGGCCAGACUCCAUUAGGUCAUGAAGACGAUAGUAAUGAUAAGGAAUUAGAGGGUGAUAACAAAUGUGACAAUGGAGAAUGCUUUGAUAAUAUAGCAAAAGAGAAUGGGAGUGUGGCUACGGGUGAACUGACAGGGGGGGAGGAAGCACCAUUAGAGAAGACAAAGAGCAAGAGAGUUGCUACCUUGGAUGCUUUUAGAGGGCUAACCAUUGUUAUGAUGAUAUUGGUAGAUCAUGCUGGCAUAGCAUAUCCAGCACUUGAUCAUGCAGCAUGGGAGGGAUGCAUGUUAGCUGACUUUGUAAUGCCUUUUUUCCUCUUCAUUGUUGGUGUUGCGAUAGCCUUGGCUCUCAAGAAAGUUCCCAAGAUCAAGGAUGCGGUUUAUAAGAUAACGUUGCGGACAUUAAAGCUUCUAUUUUGGGGAAUUGUGUUACAAGGAGGUUAUUCUCAUGCAUUAGCUGAUAAUAUCGAUCUCGCUUAUGGGGUUGACAUGAAGCUUAUUAGAUGGUGUGGCAUUCUCCAGAGAAUAGCGCUGGUCUACUUUGUUGUAGCUUUGAUAGAAACUCUGACAACAAAAAGGAGACCUAUUGUUUUAUCUCCUGGACAUUUAUCCAUUUUCACUGCUUAUCGAUGGCAAUGGAUUGGAGGGUUCAUCGCCUUUUCCUUUUACAUGAUCACAAGCUAUUCCUUAUAUAUACCAGAUUGGAGUUUCAUUAAUCAUAAGGAAGGGAAGGCAUAUACAGUGAAAUGUGGGAUGAGAGGCCACUUGGGGCCUGCUUGCAACGCUGUUGGGUAUGUGGAUAGGGAGAUUUUGGGCAUAAAUCAUCUGUAUAAGAGCCCUGCCUGGCAACAUCUUAAGGCUUGUACCCUCAGUUCUCCACGUUCCGGUCCUUUUCGAGAGGAUGCUCCAGGGUGGUGCCAUGCAAAUUUCGAACCUGAAGGCUUGUUAAGUUCAAUCUCAGCUAUUCUUUCGGGUACCAUCGGCAUCCAUUACGGGCAUGUUUUGAUGCAUUUCAAGGGUCACUCCCAAAGGCUCAAGCAAUGGCUAUCAAUGGCAAUUGGCUUACUUGUCCUAGCAUUCCUCCUUCAUUUUUCACAUGCUAUUCCUAUCAAUAAACAACUCUACACCAUUAGCUAUGUCUGCCUCACGGCUGGUGCUGCAGGAGUUGUAUUUUCUGGAUUCUACAUUCUGAUUGAUGUUUGGGGAUUGAGGACUCCAUUCUUGUUCUUGGAAUGGAUAGGGAUGAACUCCAUGCUGAUCUUUGUAUUGGGUGCACAAGGUAUACUUGCAGCAUUCAUCAACGGCUGGUACUAUAACAACCCUGAUAAAACACUUGUUACUUGGAUAAAAACACAUGUAUUCAUUGAUGCAUGGCACUCGUGGAACCUAGGCACUCUCUUGUACGUGAUUUUUGCUGAGAUCACAUUCUAUGGAGUUCUUGCUGGGAUCUUGCACAAGUUGGGGAUGUAUUGGAAGCUGUAAUAAAGCAAUUUCGGUUCAAUAAAUUGCAGGUUCCACUACUUCAGACAUUAAACAAAUGUGCUUUUCUUUUUUGUAUGUGAUAACUCUGGGGAAUUCUUGUAUUGCUAAUUGUUGAUGAACACUGGAAAAGACAUCGUUGAACCAUGAAACUUUUUAAUGUUGAGUCUGAGGAACCAUUGGUUCGAUA